UCACUAGAGUAAAUCAGUGCUUAUGGUUGUUACUUUGUUAUUGUUUUAAUUUAAAAUAUUGGAAAUCUGAGGGCAAUCUUAAAAGGAUUCCACAUUUAGGUCUGCUUGCAAUUGUAUAAUAAUGACUGUUAACAACACCAUAGCACAUCAACGGCUCAUACUCAGUGGAGAUCGGGAAAGAUUCAAGGAGCUAUUAAGACGAAGAUUAAUUGAAUGUGGAUGGCGUGAUCAAGUGAGGAUGCUGUGUCGAGACAUGGUUAAGGAGAAUGAGGGUAGUAAUGUAACAUUUGACAUGUUGGUCAACAGAGUGACACCACGAGCUAGAGCGCUAGUGCCAGACACAGUUAAGAAGGAACUACUUCAGAAAAUUAAGACACAUCUUCUUACACAAAAGGACCAAUAAAUGAUUAAUAAGUAGAAUCUUGAUUAUCCAAACUAAUUGGAACUGAAACUAUUAUAGUUCGGAUAAUUGAAAUGCAGGCAUUUUGGGACAGGAUCAAACAAACAGAACACUGUUUUACUUAAACA